AUGAAAUUAGUACGAAGAAAUACACAAGAUAAAAGACAAGAAGAAUUGCCAACACAAAGUAAAAAACAACAAAAAAAAGAAGAAGAAGAACGGCUAUUAAAUUUAUUUGAUAAAUAUGAUACUGAAGGAAGAGGAGAAUUAGAUUCAUAUCAAAUCUCUCAUUACCUUGAAAAGACACAUAACUUAACUUUACCUGAUUUCAUUGUUAAACAAUUAAUCAGUGAAAAAGUAAUGAGUAUUACUUCAACAAAAAUUCAGAGAAAAGACUUUAUUGGAUUUAAUACUAUUAUCGAUGCUAAGAUGGAAGAAUUAAAUCAAAAUAAGAUAUCAGAUAAUAAAUAUCAAGAAUGUUUUGCACAACUAAGAAAAAAUGACCCAAAACAUUAUAAAGAUUUUCUUCCACAAUUAGUCCCUUCAAAUAGAAAACCACGUACUAUUGUUGAGCCUCCUAUUUUUGAAAAUGGAUUUGUUACUGAAGAAAUUAAAGAAAAGAAAACACUUGACCCUAAAAGAAAAAUAAGUUCUCAAGAAGCAAUUGCUCAACAAAUAUUUUAUCCCCCUAUGAGUAUUGUUCCUCCUUCUAAACUUCAUUUUGUUUCAAUGGACCUGGAUGAUCAAACAAGAAAAAUUAUUGAUAUAAUUAAUAAAGGUAAUGAUGAAAUUGCUCAAGUUAAUAUUUCACUUAAAUCUACAGUUGCUGGUGAAAAUGAAGGAACAAGAAGAAAACAAUGGCCUACAUUAUUAAAAAAUUAUUCAGAUGUUACAUUAGACGAUACAUUAGAGGUAAUGUUAGGAAAUGACGAUGAAGCAAUUACUAAUGCAAAAUUAAAAAGAAACUUUUAUACUGUUUUAAUUCAUAACUUUAGAUUAGAAUGUCCAAUAAAAGAAAAAUUUCAUUGUGUAUUUGCUAUUUACACAAAAAAUAAACUUAUUGAAAAAGUAACUUCGGAUUUUCAUUUUGAUCCAUCAAUAAAUCAUACACCAAUUGCUAUAGAAAUUAAUUCUGCAGUUGCAGGUGAUAAAGAUAAUAGUUUAUGGGCAAUUUUAUUUGUUUAUAGAAAUGCUGAUGCUAAACAAAAUACAAUGAGAGAUAUUUAUUGUGGAGAAGAAUUGCCAAAAGGAAAGAAGUUAGAAGCAUUAAAACAAAAUAUUAAUAUUAUUAACCAUCGUUCUUUAAUUGGAAUUGGAGCAUUUAAACUUCCUAUUGAAAUAAAAGAGAAAAAAGGACCAAUUAUUAAACCUCUAACUGAGUUUAAAUUAAAGAUUUAUAGAGAUGAUGAAUUUAAAGAUGUAUUAAAAUUAAUUAAUGAUAUUGACUCAGGAAAAGAACCUAAAGCUACUCAAAUGAGUUGGGCUUUAAAAAUUGAUAGACUUAGAGAAGCAUUUUCUAAUGGAAAAGGUGGAAGCGCACAAAGAAUGGAUGAGUUUAAUAUUAUUGAUGCAAAUGGAAAUGAGUUAACAGACCAAAUAUCAGAUGCACCAAAAUUAUAUUUAUUAGAAGAUGUUAGUUAUCCAUUUGUUGCAUCUACUGCAAUAACAGAAUAUUCAAUGAACUUUUAUUUAUAUCCAAAGGAUUUGGUAUUUAAAGAAAAAAGAAAAACUUGUUUGUAUUUAGAAUUUGUAAUGAAAACAAAUGAGGCAGAAGAAAAUGAAAAUAAUUGUGUUGAAUGUUUCUAUGGAGAUAAUGUAACUGGUGGGUUUUGUAAAAAAAGAGAAACAGCUGUUAAAGGUAGUAAUAAAAGUAUUAAAUUUAAUGAUGAAAUUAAAAUUAAAAUGCCUAAACAGAAAGAGGUGUUUGAUAGCAAUUCAAAUUGGCAUAUUCUUAUUAAAGUUAUGGAAAUGCAAUUAGAUGGUAGUAAAGUAGAAUGUAGAUGUUAUGGAGUGUUAAGACCAGUAUUACCUCAAACAACAGAAAUUGUUAUUGAUCUUAUUAAACCAUCAAAUGAAUAUCUUACUAAACCAGGAGAUUCAAGAGGAACUUUAAAGAUUAAAGUUGUUAAUUUAGUUUCACUAGUUCCUACAAUGAAAGAAAUCCAAACACUUGGAGAAACUGUUGGAGCAGAUAAUGUUAUGAAUAUUGUUGAGAAAAUUGGAAAAAUAUCAUUUGGUUCUCAAAAUUCAUUUCUUAGAAUAUAUUUUCCAACUGUUUUAAAUUGGAUGAUUGGAGGUGUUGUAGGACAAAAUAAAUUUAUGAAUUUUGUUAUUUUCUUCCAUUCAGUCUUACAGCCAAAUAAUGAAAUUAAAGAACAUUCAUUACUAGAGUAUAUUAAUGACUUCUUUGAUCCACAAACAUUUCUUAAAUUUUAUUCACAUUACAAAUAUGUUUUUUUAUUAAUUCUUGGAGACUUUGUAGGACUAAUGAAUGAUAAUGAAGUUCAAUUUAAUCCAAUGGUCAUUGUUAAAUACUCAUGGUUCUUCUUUGAUUUAAUUAUAAGGUCAUUAGUUUAUUAUUUAAAUGAUGAAAUUAAUAAAGGAAAUCUUCCAGAAUCAAUUUAUGGUUCAGCAGUUGGACUAAGAUUUGAAAAAUCAGUGAUAGAACUUGUUCAAACUUAUUUACGUCAAUUAAUGAAAUUAAAAAAUGGGUUUGAAAGAAUAAAAGCAAAUUUGUUUUUAGCUAAUUUUAUUAGAGAUUUAAUGAGGUUUUGGAAAUUAACUUAUGUUGUUGGACUUAUAGAUAUGGUUAUGGAUUGGUAUGCUUUUGGUGGAAAGAUGGAUAUUAUUGGAACUCAAAAACUAGAGAGAGGAAAUAAUGAAGAAAUAGCUACUCAAGUACUUAGAGUUGAUUUUCUUAAUGUUUUUAGAGAUUCUUCUAUUUUAUUUAGAGCUAAUAGUGUUGAAUCAAAAGAAACAUUUGAAGAAUUAUGUUUUGCACAACAAACAAUAUUAAGUUUAAUGAUUAGAAAUUAUAUGAUGUUAAUUAUUAGAGGAGGAAUGCUUCAAAAAUUAGGAGUAUUUGGAUUAUCAUUAUUGGUAAUGAGAUUUGACUGUGAUAGUUCUAUCCAAAGUCAAGAAAACAAAGAAAAGUUAGCUACAAUGAUGAUGCCUAUAGUUAUUUAUAUGAUUGAAGAAUAUGAAUUCUUUAAGAAAUGGCAUUCUAUUAAUUUAGAAACUCUUGAAGAUAAACAUUUAUUAUUUACAUUACAAUCAUUUGUAUUGUGUUUUAUGUUUGUAAUGAAGAAUCUUAAAACAAGUACUCUACGAACUUAUUUGGAAAAAGAAGUCCCAAUUCGAUGUUCUAUGUUAAUGACUCAAAUAGAAUGGGCUUUAAAAGUUAUUAGUAUUCCUAUUCCUACUUAUCUUACACCUAUUGAAUCUUUUAGAGAAACAAGAAGACAAGUAUUAAUUAGUUUUUUCGAUAUGCCACAAAAUGCUAAUGAAGUUUUCUUUACAAUGGAAAGGUCAACAAAAAUUGGUACUUUUCCAGUUGAACAAGUUGCUCGUUCUCAGACAAUGAAACUUAAUCAAAAGCCAUUUAUUAAAACUUCAGUUGGUGGUGGUGCACCGAAACGACCAUCAUUUAUUUCUUUUGGUAAAACUAUUAAAGAUACUUUUGUUGGUUCAUCAUCAUCUUCUUCAUCUUCAAGCAAAAGAGGUGACUCUAAAACAAUAAUUGGAAAUAAAAAAGAUGAACCAGAUUCUUCAGCUGUUGGAGAAAGUGCUGGAGGUGGAGGAGAUAAAAAGUCUAUUAAAACAGAUAUUUUUAGAAGAGCAUUAUCACCAAGAAUAUUUGGUGACGAAGAUAAAAAAGAAAGUUCAAUUCCUUUAUUUGGUGAAAAGAAAAUACUUUCUCCACGUAAAAUUAUUAAAGAUAAAAAACCAGAAGUUGAUCAAGUAACAAGAAAAAUGGAACUUCAAGUUGUAAUGAAAGAUUGUUUAUUAACAAUAAUGGAUGUAAUAGAAAUAGUUUAUGAUAUAUUUAUUGAAAAAGAGAAAAUAAAUGAAAAUGAAAUUAAUAGUAAAAUAGAAGCAAUAUUAAAGAUUCUUAUAGAAAAUUCAUCAAUGUCAACAGACAUUUGUUCUUAUUUAAGAGAUUUUAUUGUUAGAUUUAGAGUAAGUUUAUUUACACGUAGUAUUGAAAUUUCAUUAAACGUUGUUAAACAAUUAUUAGAAUAUUUUUAUUCUAAAGAAAAUAGAAAAAGGUUAGAUGCUAUUACUUUAAUGUAUCUUUUUACUAAAUGUAAUUAUAUUACUACAUACGAUGCUGCAUUAAGUGAGUCUCAUAUAUCAUCUGCUCUUGUUUCUAAAUCAUUAUCAUCCACUGCACAAAAUCAAUUAAUUCAAUUUAGUACAUUCCUUAAUGGAUUAGAUGAAAUGAAACAAAUUCAUGAAGAAGAUAGAGAAUGGGCACAAAAAGAAAUGGAAACUGCAAUGGAAAAAUCAUAUAAUGAAAUACAUAAUGACAAUAAUGCUGCUGUUAGAGUACAACAACUCUGUAUUGGAUUAGAUGCAGCUGCAAUUGAAGAAUUUAUUUCAUAUUUAUGUGAAUUAAUAAAACCUAAAUUAAAUCAAAUUAAAGAAUUUGAACAUUUAGAAUGUAGUUAUAUUGAUUGUUAUAAUGAAAUAAGAAAAGAUGUUUCAAAAAUGUAUUUCCAAAAUCUUAGAUUUAAAGAAGAAGAUUCUAUUGCCAUUCAACGAUUAAUUAAAAGUAGAUAUACAGGAACUAAUUUGUAUGAACCUCUUUAUACCUCUUAUCAAAAAUUAGAUGAAAUGUUUAUUGAAUUUAUGAAUAAUUAUAGACGUUGUUUAAAAGAAAGUAGAAAACAACAAGAAAAAGAAGAAAAAAUUGGUGUUCAAGUUCAGAAAUACGAAGAAAUUAAUGAAAAAAUAUUUGAUUGGGUCAAACAAGAAUUAAAAGUUAAAAAUGUCUUUGGUGAUGGUAUUGGAGAUGUGGAUUUGUUAGAAAAGAAAGAGUCGUUGACAGUAAAAUUAAAUUCUAUUACUAAAGAAGGUAAUGAAUUAUUAAAUGAAGCAUGUAAUAUCGAAAAUGAGUUAAGAAAAAUUACUGAUAAAAAAGAAGUUGAUUCAUUAAUUUGUGUUGAGAGUAAUGAUUUAAAACAAUUAAUUCAAGAUGUUGUAGCAAUGGUAGAAUCACAGUUACAAGGAAUUAUUGAUGUAUUAGAUGUUAGACAAAAUUAUCAAGAAAGAAAAGCUGAAAUUGAUAAAAUUAUAGCAGAAAAUGAAAAGUUAGUUUGUCAACAACAUGCUGCUAUUAUGAAUGAAUUUUGUGAAGGACCAGUUAGUGCUGAAUAUUUCACAAGAAGAUUUGUUGAACUUCAAAUUCUUAAUGAACAAUCAAUUGAAUUAUGUAGAAGAAGAGGAGAGAAGAGUGGAGAAAUUAUUACAGCUACAGCACCAUGGGAAACAUAUUAUAAUUAUUGGGAAAGAAUUAUUCAAAUGUCACAAAAUCUUGUGGUUCAUUUAAAGAAUUGUGUAUUGAAGAAAAAGAUAUUUGAUGAAAAUUUUAAUAAAGCAAGAGAAUGGUAUCAAAAAGAAAAUUCAUUUGCUAAAAAUGUCUUAAAAGUACAAGAAUUUUAUCUUAGUAGUAAAGCUACAUUAAAGUUAGAAUUACCUGAAAGUCAUGAAUUUUUUGAAACUGUUGUUGGUGUUACUGAAGGACUUAUUAAAGAAGAAAAUGAAAUAAAAGGACUUAUAGAAACUAUUAAUAAAGAAACAAAUGAAUUAGAUAAAAUACUUAAAACAAAAGAAGAAAGAAAAGAAAAAAGAAGAAGAAAAAGUUCAGUUGAAAUGAAUAAAAGAAAAACAAAAGAAGGAAAUAAUACAGAAAAAGUGUUUGGGUUUAUUGAAAGAGAAACACCAUAUACAUAUGAAAUACUUGGAGAAAUUAAUGAAAUUGGUGAAGAUUUUAUGAGACAAUUAGAAGAAUUUGAUAAAGAAAUGAAAAUGAAAAAAGAGAAAGAGAAAGAACGAGAACAAGAACGUAACAAUUAUAAGAAUAGUAUUGAAGAAUUUUAUAGAGAUUGUAAUGAAGCAUUAAAGGCAGUAAAAGUCGAUUUUAAAACAUUAAAGAGUGCAAGAUCAAAUUAUAGUAAAAUUCAAGAGAUUAUUAAGAAAAGAAUAAGUUGGAUUAAUAAAUAUGUUAAUUAUAACGGAAAAGAAAUGAGUUUAAAUGAAAUUUGGAAUAAAACAAAUGAGAAAGGACUUGUUAAUAAAGAAAAUAAAGUAGAUGAAAAGAAAGAAGAAUUAUUAAAGAAAGAAAAAACUAAAAAAGUUGGAACAAUUAAAAUAACUACGAAAAAGAAAGAGAUAUUCCAAUUUCUUGAUUGUAAUGGAAAAUUUAGAAGAGAAGCAUUACUUGAUGUUUCACCAAUGCAACAAAGAGAAUUUCAUAGAGAAUUUGAAAAUAUGAUAGAAGGAAUUAAAGACUUAUGUAAUAGAUUAACUCAAUUAUUGGAAAGUCAUGAACGUAAAACAGAACCAGAAGAAAUUCAUGAAAAAGUGUAUUCUCUUGCUAUAGAAGCUAUUGGAUCACCACAACUUCAUUUUACAUGGAUGUGUGAGUUGUCACAUAAAUUAAAAAUUGCUGAAUUAAAUAUUGAAGAAGGAUUAUGUGAAGUUGCUAUUGUUUAUUAUUUAUUUAAGUCAUUAUAUGGUGAUAAUGUUGUAGGAAAUUAUGAAGAAAUGUUAACUAAUAUUGCACCUGACUUUUUAUUAUAUGAACCUUCAAAAAUAUCUAAUGGAAUGGUUUCAGCAUUUACUAAUGAUAAAUUAAUUCAUCACGCAUUAAUGGCUAUUGAAGCAUUUGAAGAAGGAAAACUCUUUUCACAUGCAGUACGAGUAUGUGAAUUUUUAUUAGCACAUUUCCAAAAUAUGAACGAUUUAAAUCAAAUAGUUAGUAUUCAUUCAAGAAUAGAAAAAUUAUAUGAACAAAUGGGAACUGUUGGUAAAGGAAUUGAAUUACAUUAUUAUUGUGUAAUUAUUUGCAAUUCUUCAAAUGGAACAAACGACAAUGAAUAUAUUUAUUGUUCUACUAAAACAAGAUCAGCCUUUGAACAAUAUAUUCAUUUAGUUAAUAGAAAUGUUGGAAUUACUGUUUGGGAAGUAUAUCCAAUUGUUAAUAAUCAAGUUAUAAGACAACAACAAGCUAUACUUAUUCCAACAGAUAAGUUUAUGUUAGAAAAUGACCAAAUUAAAACAAGCAUUGAAGAUUCUAUCUCGAUUCAUGUAGAAUAUCAAACUGAAAGAAAAUUACCAUCAUUGUUAUCUCGUUCUCAUGUUAUUAGUAAAUUUACUAAUGUGUUAUCUCCAUGUGAAAAAACUGUUGGUGAUAUGUUUAAAUUAUAUGAAGCAUUAGAAUCUGUAUUUGAUUCUGGUUUUAGAGAAGAUAUUAUUCCUAUUUUAAGAUAUAUACUUGCACCAACUCCAUAUAGUGGAUUAUUAACUACAACUCAAGUAUUCUUAGAUAAAACUCUUAUGAGUCAAGAUAAAACAUUAAUAAAAGAAUUAUUUGAUAUUGUUUGUAAACUAUCAAAUCUUUGUAAAAUGGUAUUGGAUGAAUUCGAAGAUAAUACAUCUAAAGAAAUCGCCAUUGCAAGAAAAGACUAUUUUAAUUUUGCAAUGUUCAUAAAAUCUAUUGAAGAAACUGUAUUGAAUUUCAUUGAAACACCAAAUGAAGAAAAGUAA